UCAAAGGAAGAAGAACAUUGUAGUUUUCCCAUCAUGCAUUGCUGAUAGUCACAUACAAAAUGGCAGCUGUGUGGUCAGUUAACAUCGUUCUUUCAAUAUUAUUGGCCAUUAAUUUAUUAACUGCUCAGUUUGCGAGCUGUAACACUGGUAGAAGGACAGAUGGGCUUGACACCGACACGGGUUUCUCUAUAACUCUAGAGCAUUCAUUUGAACUAGAUGAUUCUCCUCGGUUCAGAGAGCGGGGCGUUCUGAGCCUGAAGGGGGGCAGGGAGAGCACACCCUCUCUCGCGCAAGUCCAGCUCACAGAGGAGGACAGAAACAUGCUCAAGGAGGUGGCAGCAGUGGACGGGCUGUAUCGCAUCAGAGUGCCCAGGCUGUCACUGCAGACAGACAGGCAGACGGAUCGGCCGAGCGACAGCUACCUCUCUGCCUUUGUUCGGGCGUGCUCAAUGGUGGAGUCCCACCUGAGUGAUGUCAUCACGCUCCACACCGAUGUCACCGGUUACCUCAUCGGGGUCUCCAUCGUGACGAUCCCGGGGGCGUGCCACGGGGCGGAGGUCGAGGACGAAGUUGACCUGGAAGCAUUCAACACCACGCUGAGCAUCAUGGGACCCGUCAACGCCCCCGCGCCCGAGACGGCCCUGUUUAUUGAGCGCUUGGAGCAGGAGAUUGAGAGGAAGGGCAAGAACCCUCAGGAGCAGAAAUCUUUUUUCGCCAAAUACUGGUAUUUGAUUCUGGGAGGCGCAGUGUUCCUCAUGGCCACCAGUUCGGCACAGCCCCCUGCAGGGGGAGACAGAGAGCAGAACUGAUUACCAUUUAUCCCAAUGGAUGUAUAUCGUGCCUCUGGUUCUCUUCCUGAUGAUGUCGGGAGCUCAGGAUCAGACAGGAGGCGGGGCCGGAGGCGGAGCAGCCAAUGGCGGAGGUCGAUAAAAGUUUUGGAAAACCCCAACCCAACAAUAUUAGUUCAGGGCCCAGACAGCAUCCGGUUGUACAUAGUGAGAUCACGGAACGUUGCACAAUUGAACUGAGUCAAAACACGCUAAUAAAAUGCUAAUGAAAUGAAUUCACACGGGCUGAUUUUAAAUUUUUGGACUGCCAAGUUAAAAAUAAAAUGUCUCAAAUAAAAUAUUUAUUAAAAUCUUAA